AUGGACCCCAUCAGCAUAACCGGUACCCUAAUCGCCGUCCUCCAACUCACAGCCACCGUGAUAUCCGUCUCAUACGACUACAGACAAGGCGUCUCGUCCGCAUCACGAGAAGUGCUGCAGAUAUCGUCGAGUCUGAACUCGCUAAAAGAUGUUUUAGAAGCACUCCUUUCGCUCAUCGAGAAUUCUCCAAAACCAUCAAAGUCCGGGGAUGGAGAUGGAGAUGGAGAUGGGUCCUCGAGGUUAGCGACAGUGGAAAUGCUAUGUCAAGAAGGCGGCACGCUGGAGAAUUGCUCGAAGGAGUUAGAGAGGCUGAGAAGCAAGUUGCAGCCGAAAGCGGGAUGGAAGAGGGUGAGGAGGAGUUUGGUGUGGCCGUUGAGGGAGAAGGAGGUGGGAAGGGUGUUGGGGGAGCUGGAGAGGGCGAAGAGCUUGAUGGCAUUAGCACUAUCCGCGGACCAGGCAACGCUGAGCAUGGCUAUUGAAGAUCAAGUGGGAGGGCUGACGGAGAUGGUUCAAAAGCAGGGCGAAGAUCAGGUACGGCUGGACAUAAACCAAUGGCUGGCUGCUCCUGAUCCCUACGUGGACCAUGUCGCAAAUCGGAAGAAACGGCAGCCACAGACUGGGACUUGGAUCCUGAGGAGCAAGCAGUACGAGGAAUGGCUAAGCAGCCCGAAGAGCUUUCUAUGGCUCUACGGGAUUCCUGGGAGUGGAAAGACGGUGCUCUGCUCGACGAUCAUUGAACAACUCGUGCGAUACUGCCAGAAGAUGCCGAAAGCAGCCGUGGCCUAUUUCUACUUCGACUUCAACAACGCCGGGAAACGAGACGUGGAGUCUCUCAUCCGAUCACUCGUCACCCAGCUCUCGGCCCAAUCGCAGACAACGCCAGCUCUUCUCCUCGAGCUGUACAAGGAACACCAGAACGGCAUCAGAGCUGCUGAUGAGAGGACGCUCGUAGCAACUCUGCUGAAUCUGAUGUUAACUUUUCACAGUGUUUACAUCGUCCUCGAUGCCUUAGACGAAAGCAACGAAUGUGACGAAGUUCUGCAAUUCAUUCAUGGCCUGCAGAGCUGGGAUCUAUUACGGCUUCACAUCCUCGCUACGAGUCGGCAGCUCGCAGAGAUUGAAGAGUCAUUGGCGAGCAUUGCCACCAAUAAGCUAUGCUUGCAGGAUGCUCAGAUGAAUGAAGACAUCGUUCUUUACAUCGCGGACAAACUGCAGAAUGACAAGAAGCUGUCGAAGUGGCCGCCGGAUAUCCGCUUGCAGAUUCAGGCCAAGCUACUCGAGGAGGAAGGCGGGAUGUUCCAAUGGGUUGUCUGCCAGCUCGACAUGUUCAACCGCUGCCUCUCUGUCGCUGCGGUACGGAAAGCAUUGACUGCUGGUCUACCCAAGAAUUUGGAUCAGACCUAUGAUCAGAUCCUCUCCAGCAUUGACGAGGAGCAUCUUGGUGAGGUCAUGAAGAUUCUGAUGGCACUCACCGUGACCAAAGAACCCCUCACGCUCGACGAUAUCGUAGAGAUUCUGGCAGUCGACCUGGAAUGCACACCGCCUCACUUCGACGUAGAUUCUCGACUCCUCGAACCUCGAAAUAUUCUCGCCAUCUGCUCAUCCCUGGUCACCAUUUCAGCCCCCUCAGAAUGGAGCCUAGAUAGCCGCACCAACCCCCUUCCCCUCGGGAAGACCGCGAAGAGCAAGGAACCCACACCCAUCUUGCGUCUCGCUCACGCCUCGGUAGCAGACUACCUCACCCAAUCCCCCCCUCCUCCGACCAGCCCCCCAACGUUCCACUUCUCACCCACCACCGCCCGCCAGUUCCUCGCCCAGACCUGUCUCGGCUACCUCAUGAACCCCCUCUUCGCCACCGGAUUCAACCACAAAUCCUACCCCUCCCACCUAGAAACCCACCCCUUCCUCGACCACGCCUCCAGCCGCUGGCCCGAGUACCUCCAGCGCGAACCCGGCGUUCCCCCCUUCUCCUCCUCCUCCUCCUCUCCCCCUUCCUCUUCUUCAUCCCCCCCCGCGUCUCCCGACCUCAGCCCCCGAACCAGGGAAACGGUGCAGGCCUUCUUCGCCACAAGGGCGCUCCCCAACGGCGGCAACUUCGCCUUCUGGGUCGGCUGCCUGAUCCCCGACACGCCCCUCGACUACAUCCUGCGCACCCGGCCCCUGUACUACGCGGCCUCGUUCGGCCUCGGGGACCUCGUGCGCGACAUCCUCGAGACGGAGGAGGACGAGCACGUCGACGCCCUGGGCGGGAGGGCGCAGUCGAGUGCGCUGCACGUGGCCGUGUACAGGAACCACCCGGACGUGGUGAGGAUGCUGUUGGAGAGGGGCGCGGAUCCGAACCUGCCGAACGUGAGGGAUGAGAGUCCGAUGCAGUGGGCGCGGAAGAAUGGGGAGGUGAGGGAGUUGCUUCUGGAGUUUGGGGCGCGACAGCGGGAUGCUGGACUAAGAGAGCAGACUCCGCAGGAGGCCUUGGAUGAGGUGUUGGCGGAAAGGAUGUUCAUCUCGCUUGAGAAGGGGGAGUAG